UACAAAUUGUGAAACUCCCAAGAGCAGGCAGCCAUAUUAGUAAAGCAUGGAAUACGUGCAGUUUUUGGUGCUGCUUUUCUCCUUGUUUCAGAUUCACAUAAACUCUUGUAUGUGCCAGCAUAUGGGGGAGUUGGAUUCAACAACCGACAAAGCAGCCUUGCUAUCAUUCAAACUCCAACUCAAUGAUCCUCUAAAUUCACUUUCAGGUUGGACCCGCAACUCGACUUCUCACUGCACCUGGUUUGGUAUAUCUUGCACCAGCAAAGGGUCCCGAGUUGAAUCUCUCCAACUCAGUUCACUCGGCCUUGUUGGCCCCUUACCUCCUUCUCUCUCAAACCUCACUUCCCUUCGCACGCUUAACCUUUCCCACAACUUAUUUCACGGUCAAUUUCAGUUGGAGUUUAGUAAGCUUUCCCAUCUUCGACAUAUUGACCUCAGAAAUAACUCCAUUAAUGGCACUCUUCCUGUUGCUCUUUCUCAUUGCCUUAACCUUAAAACACUAAGAUUGCAAGGGAACAAAUUUAGUGGAAACCUUCCACCUCAACUAGGCAACUUCCAAAGGCUUAGUAUCCUUAGCAUCUCCAUCAAUAAUCUCACAGGUUCAAUCCCCCCUACAUUUGGGAACCUUUCCUCUUUAACCUAUCUUGCUCUGGCAAGAAACAUGUUAAUCGGUGAAAUUCCAAGUGAGUUUGGUCAGCUUAAAAAGCUUCAACAUAUUCAGCUUUCUGAAAAUCAUCUCUCAGGCCAAAUCCCUUCUUCUAUUUUCAACAUUUCUUCUUUGGUUUUCUUGUCUGUCACACAUAAUAACCUUUCAGGAAGCCUUCCAAUUCCAAAUGAUAAUCAUAGAUUUCAGGCUCUCCCAAAUGUCAGAGAAGUAUAUUUGGCACUAAACUGGUUUGAAGGAAUCCUACCUGCUUAUCUAUCUAACGCUUCAAACAUUGAAUGUCUUGAUCUGUCUAGGAAUAGAUUUCAUGGUCCGAUUCCUUUGUUUGGCAACAUGAGAAAACUUAUAAUGCUGGACCUUGGUCAAAAUCUUUUCUCCUCUAGCACUGCUCGGAAUGUUCACUUCAUUGAUUCCCUUUCAAACUGUACUCAGCUUGAAUAUCUGAGGAUAAAUUCCAACAGACUUUCCGGUGAAUUUCCCUCAGUGGCGAAUCUGUCAACCAAUAUCCAACAUUUAUGCAUUUCUGACAAUUUCUUGACUGGUGGCUUCCCUCAGGGGAUGGACAAGUUCCAAAAUCUGAUAUCUCUUUCACUUGAGAUGAACUCUUUGACAGGUGAUAUUCCCAGGAGCAUAGCCAAACUCGGAAACUUGCAAAACUUUUUGGUGCACCAGAAUAUUUUCUCUGGAGAAAUCCCAGAAAUCUUUGCUAAUCUUACACGAGUUUCUAGUAUCGUAAUGAGGAAUAACCAGUUUUCUGGUAAAAUUCCCACCAGCCUUGGAAAUUGUCAGCAGCUACAAACAUUGGACCUGUCUUGGAAUAGGCUAAAUGGAAGCGUACCAGAAGAGGUUUUCAAGCUUUCUGGUUUAAACUACUUGGUUUUGGAGCAUAACAUGCUUUCGGGUCCUCUCCCCAGUGAUGUUGGCAACUUGAAGCAGCUUCAAGUGAUUGAUGUUUCCGAUAAUAACUUGUUCGGAACUUUAACUUCAUCAAUCAGUGGCUGUUCAAGUUUGCUAUACCUCAACAUGUCAAGGAACAAUCUCAGUGGUGAAAUACCGAGUUCAUUAGCAAAUAUAUUACCACUAGAGGUUUUGGAUCUCUCUUCCAACAAUCUUUCUGGACCAAUUCCACAAGAGUUGGCAAAUCUUAAGUCACUCAAGUUCUUAAAUUUGUCUUCCAAUUAUUUGGAAGGAGAUGUUCCUACGGGAAAUAUCUUCUCAAAUCUCAGCUCGUCUUCGAUCCGGGGUAACGACGACCUUUGCAGUGCUGACAAAGAAAUUGCCAGAAAUCUGCAACUUCAUCAAUGCAAAACAAAGGGAAGACAGAGUAAUCAUUUGAUCAAAAUUUUAGUUCCAAUUUCCGGAGCUACACUGUUUAUAUGUUUGGUUUUUUGCUUUGUGUGGGCAUUGAUAUCCAGAAGGAAGAAAAACAGGGUGAAGGGCAGUCAAUCUUUACUUUCAUUGAAAGGGUUACCGCCGUUGAUAUCUUACUCUGAUAUCCAGAUUGCUACAAGCCAUUUUACAGCUGAAAACCUGCUUGGCAAGGGAGGUUUCGGGUCGGUUUACAAAGGUACGUUCAACACUGGUGACGAUGGAGCUUCCAUCAACAACGUUACAUUUGCUGUCAAAGUUCUUGACCUGCAACAAACCAAAGCCGUUCAGAGUUUUCUUGCUGAAUGUGAGGCCUUGAGGAAUCUGAGGCAUCGAAACCUGGUGAAGAUCAUCACCUCAUGCUCGAGCAUCGAUCAUAAAAGAGAUGAAUUCAAAGCUUUGGUAUACGAGUUCAUGCCGAAUGGCAACCUAGAUAAGUGGCUAUAUCCAGAGGAUGAGGAAUCAGGGUUUUGUUUGACCUUGAUGCAAAGACUGAAUAUAUCCAUUGAUGUAGCUUCCGCCAUGGAUUAUUUGCACAACGACUGCGACCCGGCUGUUGUGCACUGCGAUUUGAAGCCUGCAAAUGUACUUUUGGAUGAAAAUAUGGCAGCUCAUGUGGGGGAUUUCGGCUUGGCGAGGUUCCUUUGUCAAAGGCCGUCCCAAAGGGAGAACAGCACAAUGGGAUUGAAAGGCUCGGUUGGUUACAUUGCACCAGAGUAUGGCCUAGGGAGCAAAGCUUCAACCAGUGGAGAUGCCUAUAGUUUUGGAGUUCUUGUGCUUGAAAUGUUCAUUGCCAAGAAACCAACUGAUGAGAUGUUUAAAGAAGGAUUAAGCCUGAACAAAUUCGCAUCAGCUGUGGAUAGAAAUCAAGUUUUUGAGACAGUUGAUCCAAGGAUAUUGAAGAACCAUGGAGGUUCAGAACAAAGCUCAUCAAACCCUAGCUCUAGUAAUGACAGCAGCAAUGGCGGCACCAGCAGCACUGACAGUGAUCACAUCUGCAGGAAAUAUGAAGAAUGUUUAGCAGCUGUUAUAAGAGUUGGAUUAAGUUGUGCAGCUCAAUCGCCCAAAGAUCGUUUACCCAUGAGAGAAACCUUGACAAAGCUGCAUGAUAUUAAGAAAAUUUUUCUUAAUUAACUACCCGGACGCAUUUAAUUUAAUUAAUAAUAAUAAUAUUCUGCAGACCGUUUAUGGAUUCAAUUUGUAUGUCAUUAUGUUUAUUUCAAGAAUUACGAAUUAUUAUGCAUUUAUAA